AUGUCUGAAAUGGAUGUUAUCGAAGAAUGUGGCGGAACUGCAGUCCGUCUGAGCGAUCGGUUACUACGCAUGCUGAAGAGCCUCGCCAACCCAACUGCUCCCAGGACAGAGGACCUCGAACUAUUGUCCGAUCAACCGCUCAUCCAACUCGCCAACUUGUUGAUACCCUUGAUCAAGCUAAUAAAACUGCUCUUCGCGAAAAUUUCAAAAUAUGGCAUGAGCUAUCAAAGGCUACCAUCGCAUACUCCAAUGAACUCCGAUCAACUCAAAUGUUUAUGCGAAUCUGAUGAAGUUAUUUCGGAUGUCAGACUGAUUUUCAUAAACUUGACCGGAUUUCCAGCGGAUCUUCCAGAUGAACCUAUCAAUAUUCGGCUUGCAGAUCAGAACCACUACCAGGCUUGGUUCGACACAUGGAACAUUCUAUUCAAAGCAGCCAUUCAUAAUUUUAUCCAAGCUGCCAACCAGCUUUGA